GAGAAAUUGUGAAGAACACUUAAGGAGAGACAACUAAUUAAUAUAUCAAGAUGGAUAGAAUGGUAAUCAAACCUGCAGCUGUUUGCUCCGAGAAAGAAGACAACGAGAGGAUGCAAAAGGCUGCUUCUACAUUCCACCCCACCCUGUGGGGUGAUUUCUUCGUCGAUUACCAGCCACCAAAUAAAUCUCAGCAUGCAUGCAUGAAAGAAAGGGCUGAGGUGCUGAAAGAAGAAGUUAGGUGCAUGGUAAAGGGCUCAAAGGAAGUAUCUGAGAUACUAGACCUUGUGCUCACACUGCAACGGCUUGGUUUGGAUAGCUACUACAAGACCGAGCUAGAUGAUCUACUGUAUUCCAUUUACAAUUCCGAUUUUGACGAUAAAGAUCUAAACCUAGUUUCCCUUCGAUUUUAUCUUCUAAGGAAGAAUGGCUAUGACGUGUCGUCUGAUAUAUUUCUAUGUUUCAAAGACAAGGAAGGAAGUUUUGCUGCUGAUGAAGUAAGAAGUCUCUUAGGCUUAUAUAAUGCAGCACAUGUAAGGACUCGUGGGGACAAAGUACUUGACGGAGCCAUUGCCUUCACGAAAUCCCACCUUGAAGCUAAAUUGGAACAUUUGAAAUCUCCGUUAAAAGAAGAAGUAUCUUCUGCCCUUGAAACACCCCUUUUUAGGAGGGUUCGAAUAUUAGAAACAAGAAACUAUAUCCCAAUCUAUGAAAAGAUCUCUGGACGAAAUGAGACCAUACUUGAAUUUGCAAAGUUGAAUUUCAACCUACUUCAAUUUCUUUAUUGUGAGGAGCUAAAAAAGAUCACAUUAUGGUGGAAGGAGCUUAAUAUUCAAUCAAAUCUAAGUUUCAUUCGAGAUAGAAUUGUGGAAAUGCAUUUUUGGAUGACAGGAGUAUGCCCUGAAUUCAAUUAUUCUCUGUCACGGAUUAUACUUAUAAAGAUGAUGGCCUAUAUCACUAUAAUAGAUGAUAUAUUUGACACCCAUGGUACAACAGAGGAGAGUAUGAUGCUUGCAGAAGCGAUAUACAAGUGUAAUGAAAGUGCAAUAGUGAGACUUCCAGAAUAUAUGAAGUGUUUUUACUUGUAUUUAUUGAAGACAUUUGACUUGAUUGAAGAGGAACUUGGAACAAGUAACAGUUAUCGUGUAUUUUAUCUCAAAGAGCUGUUAAAGAGGUUAGUUCAAGGAUACUCACAGGAGAUUAAAUGGCGUGAUGAACAUUAUAUCCCAAAAACAGUCGAUGAACAUUUGGAGGUUUCAAGAGCGACUGUUGGAGCUUUUGAGAUAGCAUGUGCUUCCUUUGUGGUAAUGGGUGAUAUCAUAACUAAAGAAACUCUUGAUUGGCUUUUGACAUAUCCGGAGCUUCUCAAGUGUUUCACAACAUUGGCAAGAUUAUCCAACGAUAUAGUUUCAACAAAGCGUGAGCAAAAAGGGGAGCACCAUGUUUCUACUGUGCAAUGUUACAUGUUUCAGCAUGGAACAACAAUGCAUGAUGCAUGUGUGAAGAUAAAGGAGUUGAUUGAAGAUUCAUGGAAGGAUAUAGUAAAAGAAUACCUUACACUACCAACAGAACAACCAAAAAUAGUGGCUGAGACAAUUGUUGAUCUUGCACGAACAGCCGAUUACAUGUAUAAGAAAACAGACUCAUACACUUUUGCGAAUACAAUUAAGGAUAUGGUAGCAUCGUUAUAUGUUAAACCGAUAUAGUUCUGAGCAUUUCAUACAUGUAUAAAAAAUUAUUGGCACUUGUACUAAAUUACAUUAUGUGACAUGGCCUAAUGACCUCUAAAUCUACACCUUAUUGGUAUACUUUCCCUACAUUAAAUCACUACUACUUAAAAAAAAAACUUCAUCUAUGACCUGUUAUGUGUAAUGGCUCAGCUAGAACCGUUUGUAAUGACACAAUCUACAAUGGUUCAAUAUUUCGACAGUUAUAGAUAGAGGUAGAAGCAAACAC